CGAGACGACAGCAGAGACAAACGGAGCGGCCAUGGACUCCGACACAUAACAGAUUUCCUUCUCUUCCCCCCCAGCCAUUUUUCCUCCCCGAGACAAACAACGGAUGUCUCUCGCCGGAACGCCGCCGCAUCCCGCGGCGGACUCCUCCCCAUGGGAAUGCAUGCUCCCCGGCCCGCCGUCCCGCAACAACUUCGGCUCCGUCGACAUUUCCCCCUCCGGCCUCCUCGCCUUCCCAUCCGGAUCCUCAAUCUCCGUCGUCGACUCCCGCUCCCUCCAGCACAUCUCCACCAUCCCGCUCCCCGCCCCUUCUUCCCCCUCCUCCUCCUCCGCCUCCGCCGCCGCCGCCGCUCUCUCCCCGUUCGUCACCUCCGUCCGCUGGACUCCCCUCCCCCUCAGCCGCGACCUCCUCGUCACCGAGCCGUCCUCCUCCCACCUCAUCCUCGCCGUCGGGGACCGGCACGGCCGGAUCGCGCUCGUCGACUUCCGCCACAAAUCCGUCCUCCUCUGGCUCGAUUCCUCCGAUUCCGCCUCCAAGUCCGGAAUUCAGGACCUCUGCUGGAUCCUAUUCCGCCCCGACGCCUACAUCCUCGCGGCGAUCUCCGGCCCCUCGACGCUCUCCCUCUACAACGCCACCACGGGCCACUGCUUCUUCAAGUACGAUUCGACUCCCGAGCUCCUCUCCUGCGUCCGCCGCGAUCCGUUCGAUCCCCGGCAUUGCUGCGUGAUUGGACUCAAGGGCUUCCUGCUCUCCAUCGUGGUGCUGGGAGAAGCGGAGGACGAGGUUGUGGUCGAGGUGCUUCGGAUUCCUACCGAUUGCACGGAGUUUCUGAAGCUCGAGAGGGAUGCUGCCAGCAAUGGAUCGUCCUCCUCCUCCACGCCAGCGGCGGCCGCCUUCCCGCGGUACUCCGUGAAGCUGACGUUCUCGCCGCAGUGGAGGCACAUUCUGUUCGUGACGUUUCCUAGAGAACUGGUGGUUUUCGAUUUGCAGUAUGAGACUGCGCUUUCCAAUUCUUCCCUGCCGAGAGGUUGCUCCAAGUUUCUGGAUGUGUUGACGGAUCCGAACAGCGACUUCUUGUACUGUGCACACUUGGAUGGCAAGCUAAGCGUCUGGCGGCGAAAAGAAGGAGAGCAGGUGCACUUAUGUUGUGCAAUGGAAGAACUAAUGCCUUCAAUCGGCUCUUCUGUUCCUUCGCCGUCAUUACUUGCUGUAACCAUCUGUCAAUCAGAGUCAACGCUCCAGAAUGUUGCCAAGUUAUACCGGGAUGUGCCUAACACUCCUCAGACCAAGGAUUUUGAUAAUCCUUUUGAUUUCUAUGAGGAGACUCAACUUAUUUCUAAGUCACACAUGAUUUCAAUUUCUGAUGAUGGCAAAGUAUGUAAUUGGCUUCUGACUGCUAAAGAGAUAGUAGAAAGGGAUGUCGAGGUUAUCCCAUACACAGGAGAGGAUGCUGAUGGUAUAGCUUCCACUGACGGUAUCAACCUGGAAAGAAACAAGCAGCAGGAAAAUUUGAGCGGCAAUAAAGGUCGGUCAUCAUCUGUUGCCAGUGAGGAGAAUACAACAUUCAAGAUAUGCUUGGUUGGGCAGUUGCAGCUUCUUUCUUCAACAUUAACAAUGCUGGCGGUGCCAUCUCCUUCUCUAACAGCUACUUUAGCUCGUGGGGGAAAUUAUCCUGCUGUAGCUAUCCCACUUGUUGCUUUAGGAACUCAGAGUGGAAUGAUUGAUAUUGUUGAUGUCUCUGCUAAUGCUGUUGCGGCUAGUUUUUCUGUUCACACAAGCGCAGUUCGUGGUCUGCGAUGGCUUGGAAACUCUAGAUUGGUUUCAUUUUCUUACAAUCAGGCUAAUGAAAAAACUGGAGGUUAUGUCAAUAGGCUUGUCGUGACCUGUGUUAGAAGUGGCCUUAACAGACCAUUUCGAGUUUUACACAAGCCAGAGCGAGCACCAAUUAGAGCUUUACGGGCUUCUUCAUCAGGAAGGUACCUCCUUAUUUUGUUUCGUGAUGCACCCGUGGAAGUUUGGGCAAUGACAAAAAGUCCCAUUAUGGUUUGUUGUCAAAUACCUUCUCUUUUCAUAUUCUCCAAUUGGUUACAUUUUAACUGUUUAUCUCUUCCAUUCACGGUGUUGGAAUGGACCCUUCCAACCGUUCCAAAGCCAGUCCAGAAUGGUCCUUCUACGCCAAAAGCAUCAGAUGGAUCAUCCACCCCAAAAGCGACUUCAUCAGAAUCUACUGCGAGCUUAGAUACAUCUCAAGAUGAAGCCGCAGAAAGCUUUGCAUUUGCACUUGUGAAUGGAGCACUUGGAGUUUUUGAGGUUCACGGACGGAAAAUCCGAGAUUUUAGAAUGUUUCUUCUGGUUUCUUUUCCUCGUGUUAGACCAAAAUGGCCUUCUUCUUCAUUUGUUGCAUCCGAUGGACUAAUCACAGCAAUGGCCUACCGGUUGCCUCAUGUGGUAAUGGGGGACAGAACAGGGAACAUAAGGUGGUGGGAUGUAACAACUGGGUCAUCUUCAUCAUUUAAUACUCACCGAGAGGGGAUUCGAAGGCUUAAGUUCUCUCCUGUAGUCCCUGGAGAUCAAAGCAGAGGCCGGAUAGCUGUGCUUUUCUAUGAUAAUACAUUUUCUGUAUUCGAUCUUGAUUCACCAGACCCGUUAGCUAAUUCCCUUCUCCAGCCCCAGUUUCCUGGAACUUUAGUGUUGGAACUCGAUUGGUUGCCCCUGAGAACAGAUAAACAUGACCCUCUGGUAUUGUGUAUUGCUGGAGCUGAUAGUAGCUUUCGCCUUCUUGAAGUUAAUGUGCAAGAUAAAAGACAUGGCUAUAUACCUCAGCCUCAGCCAGUUAAAGAGAGAUUCCGCCCUGUUCCCAUUUGCUCUCCCAUACUGCUACCUACUCCCCAUGCACUGGCUUUGCGAAUGAUCUUGCAAUUGGGUGUGAAGCCUUCAUGGUUUAAUACUUGUAGCACAGCCAUUGAUAAGAGACCACAGUCAAUUCCUGAGGCUUCUUCAUCAGCAGGAGAUUUACGUAGUUACAUGAUCGAUCUACCAGCUAUUGGUGAUUCUGUGGUGCCAGAAAUGCUCCUUAAAGUCUUGGAACCAUAUCGAAAAGAAGGCUGCAUACUUGAUGAUGAAGUAGCAAAACUCUAUGCAACUGUGGUCAAUAAAGGUUCGGCUGUAAGGUUUGCAUUUGCAGCUGCUAUUUUUGGCGAAGCCUCAGAAGCACUCUUCUGGAUGCAAUUGCCUCGUGCUGUGAAGCAUUUGAUGAGCAAAUUAGUUAGCAAGUCACCGUUGAAAUCUGCACUGUCGGCAACAGUGGCAGAGCUAGAUGGUGCAGUUAUGUUGACCAGAAUCAUCUCGAGGGAGAAGUCAUUGGUUACUAUGGGGAAUACGGACUCGUUGCAGAAUCAGGGUCAACUUAGAUUAAUGGCUUUUCAGCAAGAAGAGUUGUGGGAGAGUGCCAAUGAGCGUAUUCCUUGGCACGAGAAACUGGAGGGAGAAGCAGCCAUGCAGAAUCAAGUGCACGAACUCGUGACGGUUGGGAACUUAGAAGCAGCUGUUAGUUUGUUGCUUUCCACUCCUCCAGAGAGCAACUACUUCUACUCGAAUGCCCUACGUGCAGUGGCUCUUUCUUCUGCUGUGUCCAAGUCUCUCCUUGAACUUGCAGUCAAGGUUGUUGCAGCCAACAUGGUCAGGACUGACAGAUCACUCUCUGGUACUCAUCUACUUUGUGCUGUUGGAAGGCAUCAAGAAGCAUGUUCACAGCUGCAAGAUGCUGGGUGCUGGACUGAUGCUGCAACUCUGGCAGCUACUCAUUUGAAAGGAUCAGAUUAUGCAAGGGUGCUGCAGAGGUGGGCAGGCCAUGUUCUUCACACGGAGCACAAUGUCUGGGCACUUAUACUAUACGUUGCUGCCGGUGCUUUACCCGAGGCAUUGGCAGCACUCCGCGAAGCGCACCAACCCGAUACAGCUGCCAUGUUCAUCCUUGCCUGCCGUGAAAUCCACUCCGAAAUCCUCUCGAAUUCGGAGGACGAACUAGAUGGCCCGUCAGUCAAGGAUCCGCCGCCUAACUUGCCUGGUUUAGACCCGGAGAACGAAGAUGUUUUGGUCGUCGGUGAGUACUUCGGACAGUACCAAAGGAAACUGGUGCAUCUCUGCAUGGAUUCGCAGCCAUAUUACGAUUAAAAGUGGCCACCAACAUACCAUUACUACUAGAAGCAGCAACUGAUGCGAGAUUCAUCGCUAUCAACGGCAGCAAACAUUCCUGCUGCAAGGAUGAAUCGCUCAUUGUUGCUAGUGUACUUCGGCUGCCACCGGAGUUUUUGCAGGUAGAUCGCCAUUUCGACAUAAUCUAUUAUGACGAAAAGGUAAAUUGUUUUAUAGCUUCAUUCUUUUUGCAACAACAAAGGGGUUGUUGCCAUUGGCUUUUGUGUAUUUUUCUUUUUCCCCUGCAAAGACCAAUUUUUUGAGAUGGUCCCAAUAUGAUGCUCUGUAUUAUGGCGGGAAAAUAUGACAAUUUAUAAUCUUGUACCAGUCCCGGGCUCCCGCCAAUUCUAAAAUGGGCCUUCUAGCCCACUUUCGGCCCAUCUUCAUCACCCCAACAGAUUAGGAUUCUU